UUUCAGACCUUAACUGCUCAGAAUGUUGCAGUCGCCGUUGAGCCCCCAUGAUGUCACGGGUCAACUGACGACCUUUAGGUCGUAUGUUGCUCUCAUCGCAGAUCCGACCCCAGGGAUUGUUGAAAAGAAAUUGAAGGCAGCUCAGGAACUCAGUGAGAAUUUUGAGAGUGUGGUUCUGUCCCCCCAAUAUUCACAGUUCCUGGGCGAGGCACUGAAGGUCUUCCUAAAGAUCCUUGAUGAAGGGGAACCACAGUUUAUUGCUGAACAAAACAUGCAGCAACUGAGAAAGCUACUACUGGAGAUUAUUCAUCGGAUUCCGAGCAAUGAGCACCUGAAGAAAUACGUCCAGCAGAUCCUAUCACUUAUGUUCAAACUCUUAAAGAUUGAGAAUGAGGAGAACGUUUUGGUUUGUUUACGUAUCAUUAUAGAGCUACAUAAACAAUACAGGCCACAGAUGAAUGAGGAGAUAAAAGACUUCCUUCAGUUUGUGAAAACCAUCUACAACACGAUACCCAGUCAUCUGGCCAAGAUCUUUGAGCCUCGCAGUCAGAUUAAGGUCAAGGACGUCACAGAGGUCAAUGUCGACACCAUACUGCAGGAGACCUUCACCACGACGACCAUACUGACAGACAAGAAAAACGCGGAUAACCAGAACAUAUCAUACAACAUUAUCCCCCGUGGAGUCCUGUCCCUGAAGGUGCUGGCCGAGCUACCCAUUAUAGUGGUCCUCAUGUACCAACUGUACAAACCCAACGUACAUCAGGAAGUGGCGGAGUUCAUUCCCCUGAUCAUGAAUACCAUAACACUACAACCCUCAGCCAUUCACAAGACCAGUCCAUCGUUCAACAAGGAAGUGUUUGUGGAUUUCAUUGCAGCUCAGAUCAAAACUCUCUCAUUCCUAGCUUACAUCAUCAGGAUUUAUCAGGAACAAGUCCAGCAGCAUGCUAAUCACAUGGUGAACGGACUUCUGGGAUUGCUGGAGUUCUGCCCACAGGAAGUGGCCCAUCUCAGAAAGGAACUGCUGAUAGCUGCCCGGCAUAUUCUGGCCACAGACCUCAGAAACAAGUUUGUACAGGUCAUUGACAAAUUGUUUGAUGAGAAAAUUUUGAUUGGAUCAGGAUGGACAACUCAUGAAUCUUUACGCCCCCUGGCCUACAGUACCCUGGCUGACCUGGUCCAUCACGUGCGUCAGUCCCUGCCCCUGAAGGAGCUCUCGAUGGCGGUCAACCUGUUCUCUAAGAACGUCCACGACGAGUCCCUCCCCAGCAGUAUACAGACCAUGUCCUGUAAACUCCUACUGAACCUGGUCGAGUGUAUCAGGGCCAAGAGUGAGGCCGAAAAUGGAAAUGGGAGAGAACUGCUGAUGAGAAUGCUGGAAGUUUUCGUCCUGAAGUUCAAAACCAUUGCUAAGAUUCAGCUACCACAAAUUCUACAGAAAUGCAAACAACAGCCACAAAGUCCCACACAACAGACACCCACCUUGACCGAUGCCAAACAGAAUGUGGAGGUCAAGGUCGAAGCUCCUAAAACUCCAGUGGAGGAGAGUAAGCCCCCCAUGACUGCCUCACUACUGGCUGACACGGCAACCAAGGACACAGACAAAGCUUGGACUGAAAAGUCGCUGCAGAACCGUUUUGGGGUGACUCCUAGUCAGUACAGCGUUUAUUCGGUCAGUGAUUGUAGAAGUCUGGUCAAGACUCUGGUGUGUGGAGUCAAAACCAUCACCUGGGGCAUCGUGUCCUGUAAAGCCGUGGGCGCAGAAGCUGCUACUGUCCAGAACAAGCAGUUCCUGCCUAAGGAGGCCCUGGUUUACAUCCGACUGGUUAAGUUUGCUUUACAGGCACUGGAUAUCUACACUAUCAACAUCGGGGCUAAUGGUCAAGCGGUCAUCAGGCCAGCAGUGGUUCAAACAGUAAGAACUAAAGAAGAAAAGGAAGUCCUAGAACAUUUUGCUGGAGUGUUCACGAUGAUGCAUCCAUUGACUUUCAAAGAGAUCUUCUCUUCAACUGUCGAGUACAUGGUGAAUCGGAUUCAUAACAAUUAUGCACUACAGAUUGUUGCCAACUCCUUCCUGGCUAAUCCCACCACCUCAGCCACAUUUGCCACCAUUCUGGUUGACUAUCUGCUGGCCAGGCUAGAGGAAAUGGGAUCGAAUCUGGAUCGGUCCAAUCUCUACCUGAAGUUGUUCAAGCUGGUGUUUGGCUCUGUGUCUCUGUUUGCUAAUGAGAAUGAACAAAUGUUAAAGCCACAUCUGCACACGAUUGUGAACCGCUCCAUGGAGCUGGCGAUGAGUGCCAAGGAGCCGUAUAACUACUUCCUGUUACUGAGAGCCCUGUUCCGCUCCAUUGGAGGAGGAAGUCACGACCUGCUCUACCAGGAGUUCCUUCCCCUGCUCCCUAAUCUACUACAGGGAUUGAACAGUCUACAGAGUGGACUACACAGACAGCACAUGAAGGACCUGUUCGUUGAGCUGUGUCUGACCGUUCCGGUCCGUUUGAGCUCCCUCUUACCCUACCUCCCUAUGUUGAUGGACCCCCUGGUGUCGGCGCUGAACGGGUCACAGACUCUGGUCAGUCAGGGACUGAGGACUCUAGAACUGUGUGUGGACAACCUACAGCCAGACUUCCUGUACGAUCACAUACAGCCUGUCAGGGCGGAACUCAUGCAGGCUUUAUGGAAGACUUUGAGAAGUCCAGUGGAUAACAUUGCUCAUGUCGCGUUUAGAGUCCUUGGAAAAUUUGGUGGAGGAAAUCGCAAAAUGUUGAGAGAACCCCAGAAGCUCCACUACAAUGACCGUGAGACAGUGGGACCAUGUAUCACCAUCUACUUCCAGGAUUGUAAAACACCCAUAACUAAACCAGUAGAAAAGGCAGUGGACUUUGCUCUGACCACACUUAAGUGCAGUACCACUGAUAACUUUGCUCGGAGACAGGCCUGGGAACUCAUCAAAUGUUUCCUGGUCUCUGUGAUGAACCUAGAAGAUGAAAAACUGACCCUCACCAAUCUGUUUACACACACCAGCUUUACAGAGAAGGAAAUUCCCAUACAGACAAGCCAGCUGUACAAAAAUCCUGACGCUCACUCCAGGAAAGUACAUGAGCAAGCUCUGACUGGAAUGUUUGUUGCAGCAGCCAUUAAGGAGUUAAGACAGAUUGCUCUCCCCUUCAUGGCGUGUAUGGUCAAACACUACACCAUGAUAGCCAUAUCUCAGCAGUGUGGUCCAUUCCCAGUGGGGGACAAACAGAACAAGCUUCAGGGUAUGGACACACAGAUCCUGAUCGAUGCCCUCGCUGUUAUCAUGGGACACGAAGAGAAGGAGCUGUGUAAACCAGGGAACCUGGCUCUGGUCCUAAUACUGGACACAGCUACCACUCUACUGGGAUCUAAAGAAAGGGCCUGUCAGCUGCCCCUGUUUGAGUACCUGGUAGAGCGGAUGUGUUCUCUGUGUUAUGACAGGGCAUGGUACGCCAAGUUUGGAGGGUGCCUAGCUGUCCGCUUUAUGUAUGAGAGGAUGGCCCUGAAGUGGGUACUGGAGCACCAGUUUAUCUUCCUGAAGGCUCUUCUGUUUGUCAUGAUGGAUCUCACCAAAGAGGUGUCCAGUGGGGCUGUGGACUUGGCUAAAAAUAACCUGGAGAACAUGCUGAUCAAGUGUGCCUCGGAAAUCGAGGGUGAGAAAGCAUCAGAGGAAAUCCUGGCCGCCCAGAAGAAGUCACUACAUGAGGUGGUGCACGAACUGGUCAGACAGAUCACCUCCCCCAACACCAUCGUCAGGGAACAGGCCAUGCAUUCCUUGGAGACUCUGGCCAAGACAACAGGGAGAUCGGUGACGGACAUCAUGGAACCUCACAAGGAGGUCUUACAGGACAUGAUACCUCCUAAAAAACACCUCCUCAGACACCAACCAGCCAAUGCACAGAUAGGACUCAUGGAUGGAAAUACCUUCUGUACAACUCUACAGCCCAGGUUGUUUACUAUUGACCUGAAUGUACUUGAGCACAAUGUCUUCUUUACUGAGCUGCUGAGUCUCUGUGAGGCAGAAGAUGCUGUGUUGUUGAAGCUUCCCUGUUAUAAGUCAGUAACAGACCUCGUCCCACUCAGGAAAAGUGCCCUCAGAGCCCUGGCUGCCUGUCACUACAUUUCUAACAAGAGGGAGAAGAUCUUCAAUGUGUUGUAUAAAGCCCUGAACAGUAACAGUACAGAACUACAAGAAGUGGCCCACGACUGUAUGAAGAAAUUUAUACUGGGGUGUCAGAUAGACAUGGAGAGUGUACACACGGCGAUCCGUCCGCUCCUGCUGACUCUGGGAGAUCACCGCAGUCUGAACGCCAGCGUCAUACAGAGGCUCUCCUACAUCACACAGCUCUUCCCCAACACGUUCAAUGAAAAACUCUGUGAACAGCUAUUGACCCACUUGAAGAAAUGGUUAGAGGUAGCAGCCAUCAGUCAGAAGAGUGGGCAGAACAAAUCCAAUGGGCAGGUCAUAGGUCAGGAACUCAAGACCUGUGCAGCCAUCAUUAAUAUUUUCCACAUGAUACCAGCAGCCAGCAGUAAGCUGAUAGAACCACUCAUUGUUGUGGCCCUCGGUGGAGAAAAGUCACUCUUCUUAGAGUUUAUCUUGACACACAGUGAUGGCAAAAAGUUCAGAGAAGUUCUGGAGGCCAACCCAACCAAACUGUUAAAUAUUGGACAACAGCAGUUCUGUGUGACCAUGUGUCACAUGUAUCAGAUCAAGCUGAUCAGCCUACUGACACAGUUUGAGGAGGCCUGGCUGUCUCAGCACACACAGAUAAUCACCCAUUUGUUAAGCAUUUGGAAAAGUGAGAGUUUUCUGGAGAGGCACAAAAAAGUGAACUCAGUAGAUUUUGUGAUCUGGAAGGAACCAGCACUGCUUGUGAAGUGUCUGCUGAACUAUUUCAAGUACCACACCAAUGAGAUAGAGCUUCUGUUCCACAUCCUGCGGUGCUUCACCACGCGCUUCAUCAUACAGUUCCAGUUUGUCAAGGACUUCCUAGACAAUGUGGUGGCGGCAACGUACACAAUUGAAUGGAAGAGAAGUGCCUUCUUCAAAUUUGUGGAGAUCUUUCAUGAUCAGACAUGGACACAGGAUUUGAAAGCCAAAAUUCUGCAGCACAUCUUGAUCCCGUGUUUCCAGCAUGCCUUUGAGCAGAACGAUGGGGAGAAGUUGAUCGGGGGGCCCCCCACCCCAGAUCAGGACAACCCCGAGAACGUCAUCAGUGCAUUCAUCACAAAAAUCAUCGACCCCGAGAACCCUUUUGGGACGUCGGACUCGGUCCGGAUUCUGUUGUUACAGCUGUCCUCUCUACUGGUGGAGCAGGCCUCCUCUCACAUCCACGACGCAAACAACAAGAAGCAGGGUAACAAGCUGCGGCGCCUGAUGACGUUUGCCUGGCCAUGCCUGCUGAGUAAGAACUGUGUGGACCCUGCCACGAAGUACCACGGACACCUCCUACUGUCCCACAUCAUCGCUAAGUUUGCCAUCCAUAAACGCAUUGUACUGCAGGUGUUCCAUAGCCUGCUGAAGGCCCAUGCAGUAGAAGCCCGGGCUGUGGUCAGACAGGCACUAGAGAUCCUCACCCCUGCCAUGCCAGGACGAAUGGAAGACGGAAAUGGCAUGUUGACUCACUGGACCAAGAAGAUAAUUGUAGAGGAGGGACACACUGUAGCUCAGCUUGUUCACAUUCUACAACUGGUGGUUCGUCACUACAAGGUGUAUUACCCAGUCAGACAUCACCUGAUCCCUCACAUGGUCAACUCCCUACAGAGGCUGGGAUUCACCUCCAGUGCCACCAUAGAACACAGGAAGCUGGCUGUUGACCUGGCAGAAGUGGUCAUUAAAUGGGAAGUUCAAAGGGUCAAGGACGACCAAGAGGUCAGUGAGCCUGCCCCUGAUUUGACCCAGGCCCCACAGCAGAAUGUGGGAACUAAGCGUCCCGCCCCUGGUACCCCUCUAUCUGUGGAUUCACCUCAGGAGGCCAAACGGUCCCGACACUCCUCUGGAGCACCCAGUGAGAGUAACAAGAGUGUGACUGAGAGUAGUAAACCAAUAGAGAAGAAUUACUGUGAUGCUGUGGUCAACUUCUUACUGAGAAUUGCUUGUCAGGUAAACGAAAGCCCUGGGUCCCCAGGUGAGCUGUUGUCAAGGCGAUGUGUAGUUCUCCUGAAGAUGGCGCUGCGUCCUGACUUCUGGCAGAAUACGGAGCUGAAGCUGGCCUGGUUUGACAAACUCCUGACAACGGUGGAGAAUCAUCAGCCAAACUUUAACAACAUCUGUACAGCCCUGGAACUCCUCAGCUUUCUGUUAACUAUACUGAAAAAGGACACAAUCCUGUCCAGUUUUAAGCCCCUCCAGCGAGGGAUUGCGGCGUGCAUGACCUGCCCCAAUACCAAGGUCAUUCGCGGUGUCCACGGUCUGUUGUCACGCCUGAUGAGUUUCUUCCCCACGGAGCCGGUCACUUCUAACGUGGCGUCUAAAUACGAGGAACUGGAAUGUCUGUACGCCUGUGUCAGCAAAGUGGUGUACGAAGGACUCACCAACUAUGAAAAGUCGACCAAUGGCUCCCCUACACAGCUGUUCAGUACCCUGAUGAUUCUGAAGGCAGCCUGUAUGCACAACCAGUGUUACAUAGACCGACUCAUCACCACAUUCAUGAAGGUCCUACACAAGAUGGCGAGGGAGCAUCUACAACCCACCUCCACUGAGACUAGUCCUAUGGCCAGUGAGUUGUUGAUUUUGAGUCUGGAUCUGGUCAAGAACAGAGUAGGAGUUAUGUCCCUUGAGAUGAGGAAGAGUUUCAUUGGUCAGAUCUUAGUGGGACUGAUAGAGAAAACAACUGACCCCAAAGUCAUGAAAGCCAUCACUAAAAUGGUGGAGGACUGGGUCAAAACCAAGACCCCUAUAGCCAUCAACCAGUCCCCGGUCAUCAGGGAGAAGGCCAUCCUUCUGGUCAAGCUGAUGCAGCACGUGGAGAAGAGGUUCCCUGAGGAACAGGAACUUAAUGCUCAAUUCCUGGAACUCGUCAAUUACAUCUACAGGGAUGAAAGUUUGAGUGGUACAGAACUGACAUCUAAACUGGAGCCAGCCUUUUUAGCAGGACUGAGAUGUAACCAACCUCCCAUCAGACAGAAGUUUGUAGAGGUGUUUGAUAACAGUAUACCCAAGAGGAUUUUUGAUCGCUUGCUGUACAUCACGUGUUCACAGAACUGGGAGUCCAUGGGAGGACAUUUUUGGAUCAAACAGUGUCUUGAGUUGAUCCUGGCUGUAGCUAUGACGGGACACACUAUACAGAGUUCCUCCCCUAUGAACCUUCUGCCCUCGGCCAGCAGCAUUGUUAACCUUGCCGACAGCCAGGAGAGGGCGGCCUUCGCUAGCAUCAUGAAGAUGAAGGAGGAACCCAUGGACGUGGAAUCUGUAGACUCCAACAAAGAAGAGGAGGAAAUAGACAUGGAGUUAGGGGGCGUGUCUUCAGAUGACAACACCUCCUCUAAGGAACCUCCCAAGAAAGACCUACAGGAACCCAAACAAAGCAUCAACACUCUACUGCAGAGACAGGCCAAGUUCUUAGAGGGCUGCCGCGAGGUCAAGACUGUGUCGUACCUGAACUCCCUGUCCCAGCUCUGUCACAGUACAACAGAUCUUACACACAGUAUCUGGAUUGAUAUCUUCCCCAGGAUCUGGAAAAUCCUCUCUGAGAAACAACAAGGGAUGAUAUCAGGGGAGCUGAUCCCCUUUAUGUGCAGUGGGAGCCACGUAAUACAGAAGGACUGCCACCCCAGCUCUAUACACACCUUCCUGGAGGGGCUGUCUCAUGUGGUGCCCCCCGUACAGAUCAGACCAGCCGUACUCAAGUAUCUGGGUAAGACACACAAUCUCUGGCACCGAGCCUGUCUGCUGCUGGAACAACUCGCGUUUGAGAACAACGCUCAGCAGGCCCUGAAGAAUCGUCCAGGCAGCGAGUACGAGUUUGAGCCAGUCCAGUCAUCUCAACAGGAGACUUUGGACUGCCUGUGUGAGCUGUACUCUCUGCUGAAGGAAUCAGACAUGUGGACUGGGCUCUGGCAGAAACGAACCAAGUUCCCAGAAUCCAACACUGCCAUAGCCUACGAACAGCACGGCUUCUUUGAACAGGCACAGAGUGCUUAUGAACAGUGUAUGACGAAGGCCCGACAGGAACACAACACUGCCCCGGUUUUGCCCAGCAGUAAUAAAGAAACUUCACAAAAGGUAAACCUUGUUUCUGUAUGUACUUGUAGAUGCUGUAAGGAGUUGAACCAGUGGGACCUACUGCUGGAGUACGCCACUUCUAAAGGGAACACCAACCCCCACCUGGUCCUAGAGAGUGCCUGGAGGGUCCCUAACUGGUCCGUCAUGAAGGAUGCCCUUGCACAGGUGGAGCUAAGCUGUCCUAAAGAAAUGGCCUGGAAGGUCAAUCUGUACAGAGGUUAUAUUGCCAUCUGUCACCCUGACGACCAUCAUCUCAACAUGGUUACCAUGAUUGAGCGUUUGGUGGAGGUGUCCAGUAAUUUAGCCAUCAAGGAGUGGCGCCGCCUGCCCUCCAUCGUGUCCCACAUCCAUGUCCCCCUCCUACAGGCGGCGCAGCAGAUAAUGGAGCUACAGGAGGCCGCCCAGAUAAACCAGGGUCUCCAGCCUGCCAACAUCACCCGCAGCUCUAGUCUACACGACAUGAAGGCAAUCGUCAAAACUUGGAGGAACCGCCUGCCAAUGAUAUCUGAUGACCUGUCCCACUGGAGUGACAUUUUUACCUGGAGACAGCACCAUUAUCAGUUCAUUGUCAAUCACUAUGACUCCCACGCUCAGCAAGACCCGCAAAACAGUAACCAUUCCAUGUUAGGAGUCCAUGCUUCAGCUCAGGCUAUCAUCCACUUUGGUAAAAUCGCCAGAAAACAUGGACUGACUGGGGUCUGUCUGGACUCUCUCAGCAGGAUCCACACAAUCCCCAGUGUCCCCAUCGUGGACUGUUUCCAGAAGAUCAGACAGCAGGUCAAGUGUUAUCUACAGAUGGCUGGCACCAUGGGCAAAAACGAACUACAGGAGGGCCUGGAAGUAAUCGAGUCCACCAAUCUGAAGUACUUCACCAAGGAGUUCACAGCGGAGUUCUACGCAUUAAAGGGGAUGUUCCUGGCUCAAAUCGGGCGCUCUGACGAUGCUAACAAGGCGUUCAGUGCCGCGGUACAGAUGCAUGACACCCUGGUGAAGGCCUGGGCUCUCUGGGGGGACUACCUAGAGAAUGUCUUCACUAAAGAAAAGAAGACAGAACUAGGAGUGUCAGCCAUCACCUGUUUCCUGCAUGCCUGUCGCCAUCAGAAUGAGAGUAAAUCUAGGAAGUACCUGGCCAAGGUUCUCUGGCUCCUGACGUACGACGACGAGAAGUCAGCCCUGGCCGAGGCAGUGGACAAGUAUUGUGUGGGGGUACCACCCAUACAGUGGCUACCUUGGAUUCCUCAGCUGUUGACGUGCCUGGUCAGGAGUGAGGGGCGCCUCAUCAUGAACCUGCUCAGUCAGGUGGGCAGGAUGUACCCCCAGGCUGUGUACUUCCCCAUCAGGACCCUGUAUCUCACUCUCAAGAUCGAGCAGAGGGAGAGAUAUAAGAGUGGUGAUCCUAGUGCUGCCCCAGUCAGCAGGACCCCCUCCACUACCCAGCAGUCGUCAGUCAUCACCACAACAACAGGGACAACGACCGUGACCUCCAGUUCAUCAGGUCCCCCAGGGUCAUCUGUACCCUCCACCCCCACCACCCCCGGGAUCUCUCUGUCUGUUGAUGAGGCUCUUCAGACCCCAGCCCCAGCUUCUGGCACCACCUCUCAGGGGGCGGCCAGUCAGGGGGGUCAGAAGGGGGGGUCUGCAGGGGGAACAGAUGCGGGCCCCAUCAGAGCCCCCGCCCCUAUGUGGAGGUGUAGCAAGAUCAUGCACCUACAGCGAGAGCUCCACCCCACCAUCCUCAACUCACUGGAGGGAAUAGUAGAUCAGAUGGUGUGGUUCAGAGAGAACUGGUAUGAGGAAGUUCUGAGACAACUCAAACAGGGCCUGGCCAAGUGUCAUGCUGUGGCUUUUGAGAACAGAGGGGCUGUUGCUGAUGCCACCAUUACUCCACACACGCUGAACUUUGUGAAGAAGCUAGUGAGUACGUUUGGGGUGGGGAUAGAGAACGUCUCCAGCGUUAGCACCACCUUCUCCAGCGCCGCCUCCGAGUCCCUGGCCCGCCGCGCUCAGGCCACCGCCCAGGACCCCGUGUUCCAGAAAAUGAAGAGCCAGUUCACCACUGACUUUGACUUCAAUGUUCCUGGUUCUACCAAGCUUCACAAUCUGAUUAACAAACUGAAGAAAUGGAUCAAAAUCCUGGAGGCUAAAACUAAGUUACUGCCAAAAUCUUUCCUGAUUGAGGAGAAAUGUCGAUUCCUGAGUAACUUUUCUCAGCACACAGCAGAAGUAGAACUGCCAGGAGAGUUCCUGUUACCAAAGCACAGCCAUUACUAUGUGAGGAUUGCCCGCUUCAUGCCUCGAGUGGAGAUUGUACAGAAACACAAUACAGCAGCUAGACGUCUGUACAUCAGAGGCCACAACGGCAAGGUGUACCCUUACCUGGUGGUCAAUGAUGCAUGUCUGACCGAGUCCCGUCGCGAGGAGCGUGUACUCCAGCUGUUACGCAUGAUGAAUCACUUCCUGACAAAACAGAAGGAGACGUUACGUCGUCUGCUGUACUUCACGGUCCCCCGCGUGGUGGCCAUCUCUCCUCAGAUGAGACUGGUGGAGGAUAACCCAGCCUCCAUCUCACUGCUGGAUGUCUACAAACAGAGAUGUACUAAGCGAGGUAUAGAGCAUGACGCCCCUGUUGCUAGGUACUACGAGCGCCUGGCGACGGUCCAGGCUCGGGGGGCCCAGGCCAGUCACCAGGUGCUGAGGGACAUUCUGAAGGACGUCCAGAGUAACAUGGUCCCCCGGGGGCUGCUGAAGGAGUGGGCGGUUCACACGUUCCACACCGCCACAGACUACUGGACAUUCAGGAAAACGCUGACAAUCCAGUUGUUAACUGACGAUCCAGUUCUAAUACUACUAUAUUUUGUUGACAUCGACGACCAGUCAGGUGAGCUGGACGCUAACCGCCCAGUACCAUUCCGACUGACCCCUAACAUUGCCGAGUUCCUGACGAUGACCGGAGUUAACGGUCCACUGACCGCCUCUAUGGUCGCCUCCGCCCGGUGUCUGGUCCAGCCUCAGUACAAACUGCCCAGCUUCCUUAGGGCCGUACUGAGGGACGAAUACAUUACAUGGCAUAAAAAAAAACAGGAGGAGUUGAAGCCAGGAGUAGAACCCACAGACAUGGACAGUGAACAGCUGAUUAAUAUGGUAAACAAGGCUGUGUCUGCCAUCACCACCAGACUACAUAAUUUGGCGACAUUUGAUGGAGCAGAGAGUCGGGUCAGUACGCUGGUGGCAGCUGCAAACAGCCACGACAACUUGUGUAGAAUGGACCCAGCCUGGCAUCCGUGGUUGUAGAGGGACACGUUAGUAAAAGGCAGCAUGUAGUCCCCCAUUGGUGUGUGACAAUCUCUUGAAGAAUAUUCAUAGAACUCAUGUGUAUAAUGGACAUUUCUUUGCUGGACUUCACAUGACUUUGGACUGAAGGAGAUACAACUCCAAAUGGUUUACAUGUAUCAUUCCCGGCUGGAGGAUGAUCUAUUUUGUCUGAAGAAUUUUUUUUUCUAUUUAAUAACAUAACGCUUUUUUUUCUUAUUUACAUGUGUUUAAUUUAGAUUUUUGUUGUACUAAGUGUGAUUUAUAUUUUUGACUGUAUAAAAAAACGUGUUAAAUAAAAAUUUAUUAAGAGAAUUUUUAUUGUCGAACACUGAAAGUCUGAUUUCUACACAAAGACUUUUCACAUGCUUUCAACACACAGGGAACCAACAAAAUGAAAAGAAAAAAGAAAAUUUGAAUGAAAGUAAUAUGUACAUUUAGAAAACUGUUUAGUAUGUUGAAUGUAUUGAAGAUGUAACUGUGGUUCUACUAUAUGUUUCAUUUUUGUCAUUUUUUUCAUGUUUUUUUUUCAAGUAUAUAUCUGUACUAUUACUAUCCCUUUAUUUGAAAUCAUCUGUAGUAUGGAUAAAGUGUAUUGAGAAAUCUUCGUUUAUUGGAAUAAAUCAUGCAUAUCA